AUGGAAGAAGGGGAAGAAGCUCUAUUUUUUCGUAAUGACAGAGGCCCUUCAUCUCCAAUACGUUCACCUCCUAUCGGGCCGAGUGGAAGAAAUGCUAUUUCCUUUGGUUCCCAAAUGUUGGCUGUAGGCGCCGGUUUCUGCGUUUUCAUUGUCCUUUUGGCAUUUUUUGCUGCUAUUCAACACCGAAAACGUCGACGUGCAUCUUCUUCAGCUAGCACUUCCCGUUCUCCAUUAAUUCACAAAUUUUCCUCAGCAUCUGCUUAUGGGCAGCGUCACCAUUCUGCAAGUCAAGCGAUACCUCCACCAUUACCUCCACCACAAUAUUUGAGAUGUUCUAACCAGGCAUGUUUUGUUGAAGAAAUAAAUUUGUAUUUUAUUCAUUUAAAAAUCAGAAUAAAAUCUAAACUUGUUUAG